CGGGCGACGGCGUGUGCUGAGUCCCAGGAUGUGCAGACCUUGGGUAGCAGCGGGCAGGGCGGGCGAUCCUUUAGCCCAUCGAUGCCUGCCUCUCGUUUCUGAAGCAUACGCCUACUCCCAGCCUCGCAGUCCGCUGUCACUGUGGAAACGGCGCAGCCGAAGGGUAGCGACGGGAGGCCUGUUUGUGGACGUGCCGAGUAUAGCGUCGUCCCCGGGCUUUAUGGGUCACAUUCCUUUCGACGCAAGGUGCUGUUUCGGCCCCGGGCGCUCUUUGCCUUGAGUGCUUCAUGAAGUUAGUACCUGGCAAACGCCUUGUUUUUAAACUUCACCACGCUGACACACAGGCGUCUCCCGGAUACACCACUCUACACCGAAACGUCAUAAAGCCACUACCGAAACAUUCCUCACCAUUGUGACAUCUGUUUGUCUAACUGGUUCUGUGUCAGUCGCAUACUGACUCUGUUCGCGAGAGAUGCCUCAUCUUUGAGCCAAGCAUCGUGCCGUCCAAUAAGUGUAUACAAUGGCGUGUCGCAAAAAGGAUGCACAUGAAAAGGAGACAACCCCUAUAGAACAAUGUGCCUAUGUAUCAAAUCCCUAUCUAUCAACAAUGAAAGAGGAUAUUUUGUACCAUUUUGACCUAGGCACUAGAACUCAUGAUCUUCCUGCUAUGUUUGGUGAUGUUAAGUUUGUAUGUGUAGGUGGAAGUCCAUGGCGAAUGAAGUCCUUUAUUCAGUACAUGAAUGAGUUUUUGGGAUUGGGAUGUGCCACUGCUGAGAUUCCUGAUAUCUGUGCCCACACUGACCGUUAUAGCAUGUAUAAAGUGGGGCCAGUCUUAGCGAUCAGCCACGGCAUAGGGAUCCCCUCGAUCUUAAUCAUGUUGCAUGAACUCAUCAAAUUGCUUUGCCAUGCCAAGUGCUCUGAUGUUGUUGCCUUUCGUAUUGGCACCUCUGGUGGAAUAGGUGUGCAGCCAGGUACAGUUGUCAUCACCAAGGAGUCAGUGAAUCCUUUGUUUAAUCCUGUCCUCGAACAGAAUGUAAUGGGGGUAACUCAGUCUUAUCCAACUACACUGAGUGGAUAUCUGGCUCAAGAAAUGCUUAACUGCAGCAAGGAACUUGAUAAAUUCGACACCAUCCUUGGUAAUACGCUGUGCACAACUGAUUUUUAUGAAGGCCAGGCCCGUUUAGAUGGUGCUUUCUGCCACUACACUACCGAGGACAAGAUGAAUUACCUGCAUGCUGCCCAUAAAGCAGGAGUUCGGAACAUUGAGAUGGAGUCCGCUGCAUUUGCAGCCAUAUGCGCCCGAAGUGGAUUACCAGGUGCAGUCGUCUGUGUCACUUUGCUGGACAGACUGCAAGGCGAUCAAAUCAGCAGCUCCCAUGAAGUGCUUUCUGAAUAUCAGAAGAGACCACAGACGUUGGUUGGUUAUUACAUAAAGAAAAAACUCAAUACCAAAUAAUGUUACCUGUCUAUGUUGAUUCUUUUAAUUUUCCAUCUAGAACUUGUACUAAUUUUAACAUUUGAAACAUUUUUCCAUGUUUCGCACAGUAUUUCUGUGUAUUUUGCAUAUUCCAAGAAAAGUUCACCUAGUUGCAAUGUAUCAUCAGUAAUUCAUGGUAAUGAGUUACAUUUUGUUAAUGUUAUUGGUUGGGAAAUAAA